AUGACGCAAUUGCCGUUGCAAACCACCGACGACGCUCCUCCCGACAUCGACAGCCUCGAUAGCUCCCGGCAUCCAGAGCCACAAAGAGCGCAGAACGAGACCGCCGACGAGCAACCAGCACCCGGAGUAUCCAACUCUACGCAGAGCAAAGGCUCCGACAAGGCAAAGACCGAGGCAAACAUGCAGCUGUUUGAGAAGUACCUCGCCAUGGCAGAGGUGGAAACCAACCGAGACCGAUUGUACGACAAGUAUGGGGGGAAACCAAAAGAAUAA